AUGGCCUUGGUGCAGCCGGCGGACAUGGCCGUCAAGGCCAACGAGAUCCUCGCAAGGUUCCGCCCCAUCGCGCCCAAGCCGCCUUCCGCCAUGCCGACGCAGCAGCCGAUCGGCGGCGCCGGCGCCGGCACCAGCCGCGUGCUGUCCCACCUGCAGGCCAGGCCGUACCGUGCGCGGAAGCGCGGCCGCCCGAGCGUCGCGCCGCCGGUGCCCCCGCCGCCGCAUGCCGCCGCGGCCAGGAGGAAGAGGACGGCGGUGGUGCCGUACCCGGCGCCGCCGCUCGGGUGCGCGGCGCCCACCGACGCCGUCGUGUCCACGGCCAUGAGGGCCGGCAGUGCAUGCCUGUCCUUGGCGCCCGCGAGCGCUGGCAACCUGACGAGGCUCUCGACCGAGAUGCCGGCGCCCGAAGAAGAUGACAACAGGGACGUGCCCGUGGAACGCGACCUGCUGCGGAAGCUGCUGGAGCCCAAGGUGAUCUCUCCACGGGCCGUCCGGCCCUUGGGCUCCACCGUCCACAUCCUCGAGCCCGUCUGCGCCGUCGCCGGAACCAACAACGACAACACCUACGCGGCAUCGUCCAAGACGGCGCAGGAGGUGGAGGCGGCGCUGGAGGCCGACGCGCUCCCGGCGUUGGUGUCCGACUCGAGCAACCGCGUCCGCCUCGUCAACGACGCCUACAAGAAGAUGGUGGGCGCGCCAGAGUGCGCGUGGCUGAGCGCAUUAGCCGCCGCGGCGGCGUCCAGGAGGAUCAGCGGCGAGGUGGCGCUGGUGGUGCCGGCCGCGGCGAUGAUGCCGGAGUCCCAAAACGGCGGGUUCUCGUGCGCGGCCAAGAUCGAGUGGGAGCUGCGCGGCGGCGAACGGGCUUCCGUCCACGCGGCGUGCGACGUCACCCGGCUGCACUGCGAGGCCAGAGACUACCUCUUCGCGUGGAGGCUCCGCACCGCCGAUGACGCAUCCCCAUCUUCCGUCAGCCACCGCGCCGACAAGUGAGACGCAGCAUGCAGUGCAGUUUGUACAUCUUGCGUGGACAGGAACAAUAGUGCUAAAGAUCCAAGUGCAUAGGGCACAGGUUAAUUAAGGUGCAUGCUUAGGUUAAUGUGCGUCGUUGGUUGGUUGUACUAGUGGUAAAUUUGGAUGAACAGCUUCGUUCCUCUUUUGGCAAGUCUACAGGUUGCAUGACCAGCUUUUCUAAAGUAGUAACAUACACAUAUGAUGUUGACUGGCCGAGAUUGCAAGGGAAAAAUAUGACACAUGUGCUUUACUGAAA